GGGACGGCGCUUUCUUUGUGGCGUCAUUUCCGGUUCCGGCAAAGGCGCGCGGGCCACGCGUGGAGAAAAGCGGCGCGAUGAGGCCGGGUUUCAGCCCCCGGGGUGGACGCGGCGGCUUCCGAGGCAGAGGUUCCGGUUUCACGCCCCGUGGAGGGGGCGUGGCCCGCGGAGGGGGCGGAGCCAGAGGAGGAGGCGGAGCCAGAGGAGCCCCACGGGGGCGUGGCCGAGGCCGAGGGGGCGGGGCCAGGGGCGGGGGCCGCGGCGGCUUCAAAGGCGGGAAAAAAGUGACGGUGGAGCCGCACCGGCAUGAGGGUGUGUUCAUUUGCCGGGGCCGUGAGGACGCGUUGGUGACGCGGAACCUGGUGCCGGGAGAGUCGGUGUACGGAGAGAAACGGAUCAGCGUGGAGGAUGGCGAUGUCUCGGUCGAGUACCGUGCCUGGAACCCGUUCCGCUCCAAGCUGGCCGCCGCCAUCCUGGGGGGCAUCGACCGCAUCCACAUCCGGCCGGGGGCGCGGGUUCUGUACCUGGGGGCGGCCUCGGGCACCACCGUGAGCCACGUGUCCGACAUCGUGGGGCAGGAGGGCGUGGUCUACGCCGUGGAGUUCUCGCACCGCUCGGGCCGGGACCUGCUCAACGUGGCCAAGAAGAGAACGAACGUGGUGCCCGUCAUCGAGGACGCGCGGCACCCCCACAAAUACCGCAUGCUGAUUGGCAUGGUGGACGUGAUCUUUGCUGACGUGGCGCAGCCGGACCAGACGCGCAUCGUGGCCCUGAACGCGCAUCACUUCCUGCGGGCGGGGGGGCACUUCCUCAUCUCCAUCAAGGCGAACUGCAUCGACUCGACGGCGCCGGCCGAGGCCGUGUUCGCGGGCGAGGUGAGGAAGAUGACGGCCGAGAGGAUGAAGCCGCAGGAGCAGCUGACCCUGGAGCCCUACGAGAGGGACCACGCCGUGGUGGUCGGCGUCUACCGGCCCCCUCCCAAGGAGAAAUGACGUCAUUGCUGCUGCACCAGGGGCGUGGCCUAACCCGGAAGUGGGUGUGGCCAAAUACGGAAGCGAUCUACACCAUUGAGUGGGCGUGGCCUAGCCCGGAAGUGCUCGUCGCUCUUGUGGAGUGGGCGUGGCCUAACCCGGAAGUGGUUCCGGGAUUUGGGGUGUGGGAGGGGCCUGGGGGGGUUUUGUUAAAUAAAGGAAA